AUGGCUCCAUUACCAGCUACGCGGAUCACUCCUGCAAAGGUGUUUGAGCACACGGGUUUGGACUACUGUGGGCCGUUCGUCGUUCGUCAACUCGCGGGAAGGGGCGCUCCGGUAAAGGUCUGGGUCGCCGUCUACGUGUGUUUCGCCGUCAAGACUGUGGUUCUCGAUAUCGUCGCCGGGUUGUCGACAUCCGCUUGCAUCAAUUCGUUACGGCGCUUCGUGAGCCGUGUCGGUCGCGUUCGGGUCAUCCACUGCGACAAUAGUACCACUUUCGUUGGCGCUUCGCGAGAAGUGAAGGAAAUGCGAUUACAGUACGCUAAGCAGUUUCAAUCCACGCAAUGGAAUAAUGAAUGUCUGGAAAAAGGAAUCGAGUUUCGUUUCAUCCCACCACGUGCCCCACAUUUCGGAGGACUUUGGGAGGCCGCGGUGAAAUCUUUUAAAUAUCAUCUCGUCAGAAUCAUGGGUGCCGCGCCGUAUCAUCUGGAUGAGCUGCGCACCGCCAUUGCACAAGCGGAAGGCAUAUUGAACUCCAGACCACUAACACCCGUGACGAAUCAUCCAGAGGAUUUAUCCGUGCUACACAGCGGUCCAUCAACGACCUCUGGAAACGCUGGUCCAAAGAAUACGUCACAUUGCUGCAUCAAAUGGCGAAAUAAACCAACCGAAUUCAGGGUUGGUACCAUGGUGCUACUGAAGGCUGAGAACCUACCUCCCAAACGGUGGCCUUUGGGACGAGUUGUGGCCAUUUAUCCAGGAGUAGACAACAUUGUACGAGUGGUGGACGUACGCACUUCUGCUGGUAUCCGACGAAGAGCAACAUCCGAACUCUACGUUCUCCCUAUGGAAUCUCAAUCCGAAUCCAACGACGCUCAAGCACAUCCUCCUGCUAAUUGA